CUUAUUCUAUUUUAUGUUUCAAAAAAUAAAUCAGGAGCACGACGGGGGAAACCCUAUCUGGAGUCUUCGUUCUCCUGACGCUCCUCUCCAUUUCCCGAGUCGCCACCGGAUCUCUUCUCUCUCCUCGCCCCAUGUGGCCGCCGUGGGCGAAGACAUCCAGGUCCUCCGCCGCCGCCGGUUCGGCCGUCAGCUGCCGUUCCCCUUCCUUCUCCUCCUUCACCACCCUCAAGGACAUCCAGUCCCUCCUGCGGGAGGACCAGCCGUCUUCCUCCCCCGCCCUCCGCCGCAUCCUGCACCGCGCGCUCCUCGCCUCCUCCGCCCUACGCGCCCUCCGCCCGUCUCCGCCCCGCCGCUCCGCCUCCGUCGUCCUCUACUUCACCUCCCUCCGGGUAGUCAGGCGCACCUUCGAGGACUGCCGCGCCGUCAGCUCCAUCCUGCGCGGCCUCCGCGUCGCCGUCGACGAGCGUGACCUCUCCAUGGACGCCCGCUUCCUCCCCGAGCUCCAAGCCGCCCUCGGCAGCCGCCAGAUCGCCCUCCCCCAGAUCUUCCUCGCCGGCCGCUGCCUCGGCGGCGCGGACGAGAUCCGCCGCCUCCACGAGUCCGGCGAGCUCAAGACCCUCAUCGAUGGCACCUCCACAGACGCCGCCGCCGCGUCCUCUUCCUCCUCCUGCGACGCCUGCGACGGCCUGCGCUUCGUCCUCUGCGCCGCCUGCAGCGGCAGUCACAAGCGCUACAACUCCGACAAAACCGGCGCCUCCUUCAAGACCUGCGGCGAAUGCAACGAGAACGGGCUCGUCCGCUGCCCCCGCUGCUGCCCGGCCGUGACUCUCUAACCCUAAUUUCAUCCCUCAUUCGCUAUCGAUCCUCUAUUUUCCUUCUCUCCUUUUCAAAUCAAAGGGAAAUGGAAAACCGACAUAGUUGUAUAUCAAUUGCCUUUUGCUUUGGAACCAAUUCUAAUUUUUCAACAUUAGAUUGAAUCAAAAAUAACACCCUUUAUUUUC